AGCCGAUCACCCCGUGUACAUCUCUCUCUCUCUCUCUCUCUCUCUAGCUGUCUGGUGACUCUGCUGUAGCCCCGGGGUGAUGACGGCGGCUGCGGCCUCACUGCUGUUGGUCCUGACUGUCUGCCUGACUGUCGCCCAGCUGCCUCGCCCUCAGGGUGCGGGAGAGACGCUGAGCGUGGCGGGGGCGGCUGUGGCGGCUGUGGCGGCCACAGUGUGGCGGCCUCGCUGCUCCGUCAUCCUCCUCACAGACGGCACCACCUCCUCCACCACUGUGUUCACGGUAACACUACUUCACUAUAACACAGCACUACACACUGGGAGGGUGUCACGGUGUGUCCAGGUGGCAGCAGAAGGCAAAAGUCCAAACAUGACGGAGGCGCUGCUGUCCCGGCUGGUGGCCCAGGCUCGACGGGUGAGACAGGUGUCGUGGUGCGUGACGGUGGUGGUGGUGAGCGACGACUCAGCCUUCCUCGCCGCCUCGGCUGAGUGGAUCUUCAAGGGCCGCCUCCUGGUGUGGACCAACAGGCUCCUGGCCCUCACCCGCCGGCCUCUCUCUCACCUCCGCCACCUCCACACCUCCUUCUCCAUGAUGAACGCCAUGUUGCUCCUCCUGGACGACACCUCCGGUUACCCCAGGUGUAGUGUGUACGUGCACCUGCCCUACAGCAGCCAGGUGUUACAAGUUGCCUCCUGGGCACCUCACCUGGGCCUCUCCCUUACCACCAACAUCCCACUUUUCCCUGAGAAGUUCGACAGGUUCCUACAGAGACCCUUGCUCAAGGUUACGGCUGAGGAGUUUCCGCCUCAUGUUGAGGUUAGAGAAACAGCCAACACUUCUGGCCCGAGGUUCAGGUUCUCAGGCGCCAUGACUCGGGUGUUGGAGCUCUUGGCCCUCUCUCUCAACUUCACGUACACCAUCAUACGGCCUCCUGACGGCUCGUUUGGUACUAAGUUGUCCAACGGGACGGCGACGGGUAUGGUAGGGAUGGUGGGAAGGAAGGAGAUCGACCUUGGCCUUGGUCCCUUCGGCAUCACAGCAGUCAGGGCCGAGAUAGUGGACUACACGGCGCCCAUCGUCAACGACUACCUGAGGAUCUUGGGAGGGCGUGGCAAGCCGGAGGUGGACCCGUGGGGGUUCCUGCUGCCUCUGGCCCCGGCGGUGUGGGCGGUGAUGCUGGCGUCUCUGGUGCUGUUGUUGACGACGGUGUUACUGCUGUCCUUCUGCUUCUCCGUCAGAGUGCCGAUGUUGUCCAUGUAUUUCCGUGUGUUGCUACAGGAGAAUACGUGGGUGUCGUCUGAUCGGUGGUGGGAGCGGAUGGUGUUAGGCGGCUGGAUGAUAGUGAUGCUGGUGCUCACCCUCAGCUACUCUGGCAACCUCAUGUCCCUCCUGGCGGUGAGGUACAUCCCACAACCCUUCCAGUUCUUGAGGGACCUCCUGGAAGACCCCUCCACCACCAUGAUCUGGGAAUACAACACAGCUUACGUCAACCAUUUCCGCACAUCAGAAUCCGGGAUAUUCCAAGAGGUACAGAAGGCGGAGGCGGCUGGACGGAUCAGCUUCGUUCUGGCGACGGAGUACCCGACCAUGCAGGACCAACUGGUGCGUGAGGGGCCCUAUGUGUUCGUAGGGGAAGACCUCACUAUCAAGGUCCUCAUGGGUCAAGACUUCUCCAAUACAGGUCAGUGUGACUUUUACACGUCUAGGGAGGCUUUUAUGCCCUUCUUGUACUGUAUGAUCGGCCCUAAGAACAGCCCCCUCGUACCUGCUGUGAGUAAAAGAAUCACCUGGAUAACAGAGGCCGGGUUAUAUGAUUACUGGAUGGAAAGUCUGAACAGGAACUCGACCGUGUGUGUUCGUCCGCCCACCAAGAUCACUGUGAGAACUUCCCUGUCUCUCUCUAACAUCUGGGGAAUGUUUGUGGUCUUCGCUGGCGGUAACUCGCUGGGGUUGGUGGUGCUGUGCCUGGAGUUGCUCACCGCCAGGCUAUAAGAAGCUUCUCCACCACUGUAUCUCUGCUGUGUUGAUAACUGUUAAAUAAUAAUAAUAAUAACAAUAACAAUAAUAACAACAACU